AGCUAGACAAAAGAUUAAAAAAAAAAUCAAGCUGAAGCGAUUGAGUGUGAUUUACACUACCUUCUGAAACGUACAACUCGAGUUCAAUUUCAUCACCAUGCCUGACGUCAAGUGUGACUGCUGCAAGGAGGGCAAGGAGUGUGCCUGCAAGGGACAAGAUUGCUGUAAAACUGGUGAAUGCUGCAAGGAUGGAAUCUGCUGUGGAAAAUGCACAAAUGUUGCAUGCAAGACGUGUGCUGAUGGCUGCAAGUGUGGAGGCGGCUGCUCAUGCACUGAGGGGAACUGUGCAUGCUAGACGAGGAGGGCCCUUUGCUAUAGGGAUGACAGAUUGAGCAUACAGCUGAUGAAGUCAAUCAGUCAGCGCAUCUGCCAAAAUGCUCCAAGCAGACAUGACUUUGUAUAUUUUCGACCCAAUGCCUUAUACUUUUCUUGUAAGGUAGUUGUAUAUUAAGUUAAUUUAAACUUUAUUUUUUCUGAAAUAUGAGACUAAUUGGCAUUAAUAGGACUACUUAAAUAAACUUUAGUAAGGCUGACAGUAAUGCCUGGUAGAAUUUUACUUCAUUUGUUGCUGCCCUGUAUUGUAAAUUGAUCAGUCUUUUUCUAACUUCUAUCAAAUUGUGAAAUUUGGAAUGUAUUUGUAAUGCGCCAACUCCACAUGACUAAUGUGUUCGAGACUCACUCGUGAUCAAAUUUAAAUAAUGCUUUGUAUAUUGUCGACCCGAUGCCUUAUAUUUUUCUUGUAAAAUAGUUGUAUAUUAAAUUAAUUUAAACUUUAUUUUUCUGAAAUAUGAGACUAAUUGGCAUUAAUAGGACUACUUAAAUAAACUUUAGUAAGGAUGACAGUAAUGCCUGGUAGAAUUUUACUUCAUUUGUUGCUGCCCUGUAUUGUAAAUUUUUCAGUCUUUUUCUAACUUCUAUCAAAUUGUGAAAUUGGAAUGUAUUUGUAAUGCGCCAACUCCACAUGACUAAUGUGUUCGAGAUUCACUCGUGAUUAAAUUUAAGUAAUGCUACAAUG